AAUUUUGUUAACCAUAAACAAAGCAUGACUUUAAUAUAAAAACAAAAUAAAAUAAAAAUUCAAAAUGGAACAUUUAUUCAAAUAUAGUCUAAAUAUGAUGGAUUAUUUCAUAUUUGUAGCAAGGGGAAAUGGAUAUUCGAUUAAAAGGAAAUGUUAAAAAAAUUGUUCUAGAUAAGCAGGGCAUGAAAGGAAUUUCGUUAUCUAAUUCCUUUUGAUUUUUUAUUCAUUGAUUUUUCCCUUGCUUACAAAAACAGAGAAACUGACACGCACACAGACGAUCGAUCUAAAGUGGAAAGAGAUUUGAAUCAACUCCUUUAGUGUUCUUUGUGCAGAAGAAGAAAGAGAACGGGGGGAAAUCGUCAUGGAGGAUGCUGAAAGGUCCCUGCCGACAACACAGCAGGAAGAGGCUGUUGUCAAGAAAAAAUAUGGAGGAAUGAUGCCGAAGAAACCACCACUAAUUUCUAAGGAUCAUGAACGAGCCUAUUUUGACUCUGCUGAUUGGGCCUUGGGAAAGCAAGGUGCAGGGAAGCCCAAAGGACCACUUGAGGCUCUGCGGCCAAAGUUACAGCCUACACAACAGCAGACGCGGUACCGCAAGUCUCCCUAUGCACCAUCAGAAGGUGAAGAGGGACAUGCACCACCAUCGGAAGAUACAAGUACGAGCGAAUGAGAAGCAACCGUUAAUCCUCAGGUCGGGAAGUUCCUCCAAAAUUACCUGCAUCCCAUCAGUUAGUGAAAUAAAAUAUAAAUUAUAAAGACAUAUUAUUCUAAAAAGAAAUAAUUCAUGACAGCGUCUAAUCUAACGUAGUUUGCUGCUGUAAUUUGAGGUCUUCCUGAUCCAUGACUGUUGUGUUGUAGCCUAUUUUUCUUAUAAACUCUCAGUCACAACUUACUUUUGUUAUCUGUGCCCUUGAAUGUCUAAUCUAGUGUUGUUGCAGCCUA